GAAACAAAUCAAAUGUUGAUAUAUAAUUAAAGGGUAUUGCUGCUUCUGGUAAGUAAGACCAAAUGCAAUUCCAAGGCAUGUGGGGAGUUUGAUAUACAUUACAUUAUAACCCAUUUCCUUACCAAACGCAAAAGUCACGUGCCACCCAGCCCUCCUCCCAAGUGGGUGUGCCUAGCCUUUUUUUUGGAUAUCCGCGUGACAUUCACCGGCCUUUCUCUCUACACCCCCACUCUCUCUCCUAUUAAACCGACGGCACCAUCCUUUAAAUAGCUUGUCUACCACCGCCUGCGGUUCUGUCAUAAGCUGCUUAUUGUUCCUUUUUAACUCUUUCAGGAAGCUAACGAUGGUGUCUGUACAAGAUGUUCGCAGGACUCAACGGGCUGAAGGCCCUGCAACAGUCUUGGCUAUUGGCACUGUCACACCUACAAACUCUGUCGAUCAGAGUACAUACCCGGAUUAUUACUUCCGUGUAACAAACAGUGAACACAAGACCGAACUUAAAGAAAAGUUCAAGCGCAUGUGUGAUAAAUCAAUGAUAAAGAAGCGUUAUAUGCACUUGACUGAGGAGAUGUUGAAAGAAAAUCCAAAUAUUUGUGCGUACAUGGCUCCUUCAUUGGACGCAAGACAGGAUAUAGUAGUUGUCGAAGUACCUAAACUAGGAAAAGAGGCAGCUGUUAAGGCUAUUAAGGAAUGGGGCCAGCCCAAAUCAAAAAUUACCCACUUGGUCUUUUGUACCACUAGUGGAGUGGAUAUGCCAGGGGCCGACUAUCAGCUCACUAAACUAUUGGGCCUACGCCCAUCUAUCAAAAGGCUCAUGAUGUACCAACAGGGUUGUUUCGCCGGAGGCACUGUGCUCCGCCUAGCCAAAGACCUAGCCGAAAACAACAAAGGUGCCCGAGUCCUCGUCGUCUGCUCGGAGUUAACCGCCGUGACAUUUCGUGGGCCUAGUGACACGCACCUCGAUAGCCUUGUGGGCCAAGCUUUGUUUGGUGAUGGGGCGGCUGCUGUUAUAGUGGGCUCAGACCCAGUGCCUAACGUCGAGAAACCCUUGUAUGAACUAGUCUUUACGGCCCAAACCAUACUUCCGGACAGUGAUGGGGCGAUCGACGGGCAUCUCCGUGAAGUGGGCCUUACGUUCCACCUCCUGAAGGAUGUUCCUGGACUGAUCUCCAAGAAUAUUGAGAAAAGCCUUGUUGAGGCAUUCCAGCCCUUGGGCAUUUCAGAUUGGAACUCCAUAUUUUGGAUUGCACAUCCAGGUGGACCUGCAAUUCUUGAUCAAGUAGAAGCUAAACUUGGGCUUGAGCCCAAUAAAUUACAGGCCACAAGACACAUACUUUCUGAGUUUGGUAACAUGUCCAGUGCCUGUGUCUUGUUCAUCAUGGACUACAUGAGAAAAAAGUCAGCCGAGGAUGGGCUUGAGUCUACUGGAGAAGGCUUAGAGUGGGGUGUUCUUUUUGGUUUUGGGCCUGGGCUCACUGUCGAGACUGUUGUACUCCACAGUGUGGCUAAUUACUAGUAAUUAGUCCAUAUUUCCACUUCUUUCUUCUUGUUAUUCGUUUUGUUAAUUUCCUGUGAAAUCCGAUUACACUUUCAAUUGUUUGGUAUUUGCUUGUAACCCGUGUCAUGUUAUUUUAUAAAUAAUAGAAUGUGAAAGUAAAUUAUUUCCUUAA